AUGAAGGUGAAGAUGCUGAGCCGGAACCCGGACAACUAUGUCCGCGAAACCAAGUUGGACUUGCAGAGAGUUCCAAGAAACUAUGAUCCUACCUUACAUCCUUUUGAGGUCCCGCGAGAAUACGUAAGAGCCUUAAAUGCUACCAAACUGGAACGGGUAUUUGCAAAACCAUUCCUUGCUUCUCUGGAUGGUCACCGAGACGGAGUCAAUUGCUUGGCAAAGCAUCCAAAGAGCCUGGCCACUGUCCUUUCUGGGGCGUGCGAUGGAGAGGUCAGAAUUUGGAACUUGACCAAACGAAACUGUAUCCGUACGAUACAGGCACAUGAAGGUUUUGUACGAGGAAUAUGUACUCGUUUUUGUGGCAGUUCUUUUUUUACUGUUGGUGAUGACAAAACUGUGAAGCAGUGGAAAAUGGAUGGACCAGGCGUCGGAGAAGAGGAAGAGCCGUUGCAUACAAUAUUAGGAAAGACAGUGUACACAGGAAUUGACCAUCACUGGAAAGAAGGAAUUUUUGCCACAUGUGGACAGCAAGUAGACAUUUGGGAUGAACAGAAAACAAGUCCUAUAUGUUCAAUGACCUGGGGAUAUGACAGUAUCAGUAGUGUUAAAUUUAACCCAAUUGAGACAUUUCUCUUGGGAAGUUGUGCUUCUGACAGGAAUAUCGUACUAUAUGAUAUGAGGCAAGCUACUCCUCUGAAAAAGGUCAUCUUAGAUAUGAGAACAAAUACAAUUUGUUGGAACCCAAUGGAAGCCUUCAUUUUUACUGCAGCAAAUGAAGAUUACAACUUAUAUACCUUUGAUAUGCGUGCACUGGACACUCCUGUGAUGGUGCACAUGGAUCACGUGUCUGCGGUGCUGGACGUGGAUUACUCUCCUACUGGGAAGGAGUUUGUGUCCGCUAGCUUUGAUAAAUCCAUUCGAAUCUUUCCUGUGGACAAAAGCAGAAGCAGGGAAGUCUAUCACACAAAGAGAAUGCAGCAUGUGAUCUGUGUGAAAUGGACUUCUGACAGCAAGUACAUCAUGUGUGGAUCUGAUGAGAUGAACAUUCGUCUGUGGAAAGCUAAUGCUUCGGAAAAACUGGGCGUGCUUACAUCACGAGAAAAAGCAGCCAAAGAUUAUAACGAGAAGUUGAAGGAGAAAUUUCGAUAUCAUCCUCAUAUAAAACGUAUCGCUCGCCACCGCCAUCUACCAAAACCGAUCUACAGCCAGAUCCAAGAACAGCGCGUCAUGAAAGAAGCUCGCCGGCGGAAGGAAGUGAAUCGCCUCAAGCAUAGCAAGCCUGGAUCCGUGCCGAUUGUGUCAGAGAAGAAGAAGCACGUAGUGGCAGUUGUGAAAUAA